AUGUGCGGCGACGGUGCUGACCGAGAGACCAUGUGUAGCGAAUUCUGGGGAACCUUCCUCAUCCUCCUGUUCGGCGCCGGCGUCGAGUGCGAGGUCCGUCUGAACUACCACUCCGGUGACGUACGCCAGAACGCCGGCAACUUCCUGCAGUGCCGGCUGACGUGGGCGGCCGGGGUGGCGCUGUCGGGGUGGAUGGCCGGCGGCGUGUCGGGCGGGCACUGCAACCCGACCGUGACGCUGGCGCUGACGAUGCUGCGCGGCUUCCCGGUCCGCAAGGUGCCGACCUUCGUCAUCAGCCAAGUUCUCGGGGCCGCCCUGGGCGCCCUGGCCGUCUACGCCAACUACGCCUCCGCCAUCGCCGAGUACGAGGGCGGCGGCGGCGGCCGGACCGUCCUGGGCGACCACGCCACCGCCGGCUUCUUCUUCACCCUGCCGGCCCGCCACCUCUCCUACGCGGGCGCCUUCUACACCGAGGCGCUGGCCUCGGCCGUCCUCGUCGCCCUCGUCUUCGCCCUCGCCGACAGGAGCAACCUGGCCCCGCCAAAGGGCACCCAGCCCUUCUGCAUGUUCCUCGCCCUGCUGGCCAUCGGCUCCGCCCUCGGCGUCAACACCGGCUACGCCAUGAACGGCGCCCGGGACACCGGCCCCCGCAUCGCCCUCUCCAUCGUCGGCUACGGGUCCCAGGUCUGGACCCACGACUGCUUCUACUGGAUCUGGGCGCCCUGGGGGGCCGCCAUCGUCGGAGGCCUCGUCGGCGCCUGCCUGUACGAUGCCUUCAUCUACGUCGGCAGGGACUCGCCCUUCAACCUUCCUGGUAAGGGGGGCGACAUCGCCCUCGGGGACGAGGUCUAG